AUGUCAGCGUUCAGUAAGCGCUGCUCGCAAUAUCCUGAAGUGGCUAUCAGUCACGGCGAAGGCUAUGCUGACCUAUACAUGAUCACACCCGAAAUAAUGCUGCUUUCACCGUAUACUUGCAUGAACGAGUAUAAGGCUUUGCGAUAUACUGAUCGUGGUGGCAAUUAA